UUCAGACGAAAUGGCUACAAGUGGGAUGCGCUGUUGAGCUCUACAUCCCGAGGGGUUCAUACUGGUUGUGGCAGCCGGUUAAAUGGCGUCCCUUGACAAGGCAAGAAGAAGAAAAAGAAGAUGUAUGUCAGGAGAAGUGUAGUAUUAUCACAAGGAGACUUCUACUUGGAAUACGGAGGUGGAAUGGAUGCAGAGGGGGUCUAAGAGCGAAAGGGAUAAGAGAGUGAGCUUGAGUCGGUUAAAAAAGGGAGAUGGUUUGUUAAAAAAUAAUGGUAGAAAGUGUAAACAUGGUUGAACAAUAAAGAGCUGCAUAUUUCUACUACGUCACACUACGUUCCACCUGUCUAGUCUUCUUCUUGACCUCCCCCUCCCAGGAACAGUAAAUAGUUAAAGUAUAAUGUCUUCAGGCCCACCUCAGUCGCCCACAGUGGCUAAGACAGAGGUGACUGUUGAAGGAGAAUGCCCUAUCUUCGCUGCCACCUUUGCCUACUGGGACAACAUCCUGGGCCCGCGGGUGUGUCACAUUUGGGCUCCCAGGUGCGAGCAACCACUGUUGCUGAGCGAUGGCGAAGUCACCUUCCUGGCCAAUCACACGCUGAACGGGGAGAUUCUGCGCAGCGCAGAGUGCGGCGCCGUGGACGUCAAGUUCUUCGUCCUAGCCGAGAAGGGUGUCAUCAUCAUCUCGCUCAUCUUCGACGGCGAGCUGAAGGGUGACAAGAACACCUGUGCCCUGUCCAUCAUCCUGCCGCAGACAGAGCUGGCAUUCUACCUGCCCUUGCACAUGGUCUGUGUGGAGAGGCUCAAACAUAUAAUCCGCAAGGGACGCAUCUGGAUGCAGAAGGGCUACAACAUAAUUUCUGUGCUGUCAUCAGAGAUUGUCCCCAUCAUGGAGCUGCUGUCAUCCAUGAAGACACACAGUGUCCCAGAGGACAUAGACAUCAAGGACACCAUCCUAAAUGACGAUGACAUCGGAGACAGCUGUCAUGAAGAUUUCCUGCACAAGGCAGUCAGUUCUCAUCUACAAACUUGUGGCUGCUCCAUGGUGGUCGGAAGCAACCCAGACAAAGUCAACAAGAUAGUGCGCACGCUGUGCCUCUUCCUCACCCCUGCUGAGAGGAAGUGCUCUCGGUACUGUAAAGCUGACUCUACUUUCAAGUAUGACACAGGACUGUUUGUACAAGGCCUCCUCAAGGACUCCAUGGGCAGUUUUGUCUUGCCCUUCCGCCAGGUGCUGUACUCACCCUACCCGACCACGCACAUCGACGUGGACAUCAACACGGUGAAGCAGAUGCCACCCUGCCACGAGCACACAUACAUUCAGCGACGCUACAUGCGCUCAGAGCUCAGCGCGCUCUGGAAGGCGGCUAGCGAAGAGAACAUCGCCCCCGACACUGGCAUCCACACCGAGUCCUUCACCCCCGACCUAAAUGUAUUUCAGGACGUUAUGCAUAAAGACACCCUGGUAAAGUCAUUUAUAGAUGAGGUGUUCAUGCUGAAGCCAGGUCUCAAUCUGCGAAGUACUUACUUGGCUCAGUUCUUGCUGAUCCUUCACAGGAAGGCGCUCGUACUACUCAAAUACAUUGAAGAUGAGACGCAAAAGGGAAAGAAGCCUUUCUGCUCCUUGCGCAGCUUGAAGACCGACCUCGACCUGAUGGUGGAAGGUGACCUGAAUAUCAUCAUGGCGUUGGCUGAAAAGCAAAGGGCUGGACUGCACUCCUUUGUAUUUGGGAAGCAAUUUUACACCAGUGUACAGGAGCGAGAUGUGCUCAUAAGCUUUUGACUCUUACUCUCAUCCUCAUGAAAUGUUUUUAUCAGCUUUUAAGAAAUGGGAAAGAAAUUGACAUAUGACUUGUCCAAAAGCUACCUUUGCUAGGUGACAUGUUUUGUCCACUAAAGAGGGUUGAAGUGUUAAAAUGUAAAAAAAAGAAAUACAGUAUGACAACCAGAAUAUUGAAAUUUCAGAGGUCUAUUUAAAGUCCAAAAACUUCUUCAGUUGGAUUUGUGCUGCUGUCCUUUAUUGCUAAUAUUCAUUGUUUUAUUCAAAGCAUGAGUCUAGUGUCUUCCAUGUCUGUGUUGUACAACAAGCCCUUGAUGGGACUCCACUUUGUUUGUGAAACGUAAAUGUUUGGAUACCAUUUAUAUCAAUAAUGGCACAACAAUCUGGACUUCCUCUAUCUAUUGACUGAAUGACCACAACAGCCAUGUCCAGGUUAUGAACCAUGUAUUGCAGUAUGCACUGUAUGUCCGAGCAUUCAUGCUGAUUGUUGACUAGAGACAGGUUUGUUUAAGUUUGAAAUGUACAUCAUGUGUAUAUAAUUAAUUAUUAGCGGUAUAAUGUGAUAUACCAGGCCAUAUCAUAUCGGUAUCAUGUCUUGACAUUAUUUUGUCAUCAUAAUUACCGUUUGACAUGAUACUAAAUGUAUCGAAAUGUGUGUAAGGCUUUAUCAUGUGGCAACUUUGACUCAUCUCACAGUGGCCUUAACUUACAGUAUUUUCUCACUAGCUUUCAUUUGGUAGAUCAAAUGUAUUUAUAUAGCCCUUCUUACAUCAGCUGAUAUCUCAAAGUGCUGUACAGAAACCCAUCCUAAAACCCCAAACAGCAAGCAAUGCAGGUGUAGAAGCACAGUGGCUAGGAAAAACUAAGAAAGUCAGCACCUCAGGAGUAAAUGUCAGUUGGCUUUUCAUAGCCGAUCAUUAAGAGUAUCUCUACCGCUCCUGCUGUCUCUCUAGAGUUGAAAACAGCAGGUCUGGGACAGGUAGCACGUCCGGUGAACAGGUCAGGGUUCCAUAGCCGCAGGCAGAACAGUUGAGACUGGAGCAGCAGCACGGCCAAGUGGACUGGGGACAGCAAGGAGUCAUCAUGCCAGGUAGUCCUGAGGCAUGGUCCUAGGGCUCAGGUCCUCCGAGAAAGAAUUAGAGAGAGCAUACUUAAAUUCACACAGGACACCGGAUAAGACAGGAGAAGUACUCCAGAUAUAACAAACUGACCCUAGCCCCCCCCGACAUAAACUACUGCAGCAUAAAUACUGGAGGCUGAGACAGGAGGGGUCAGGAGACACUGGCCCCAUCCGAUGAUACUCCCAGACAGGGCCAAACAGGAAGGAUAUAACCCCACCCACUUUGCCAAAGCACAGCCUCCACACCACUAGAGGUGGUUAAUGGUAUAUGCUAGUGAAACCAUAAUGUUAUUAACCCCACUGGCCUUCAUGCUGAUGCAGCAUAAUUCUCUAACAUUUGUAAAUGCAUCCAUGAUGAUAAAAACAUGUCAAUACAAAAUGGUAUGCAUAUUUACUAAAAUUAGUUUACACACAUUUACUACAGUCUUCCAGAACGUGCCUUGAAAUUUCCCACUCUGUUGUCUGAACGACCUCUUUGGUACAGCCUCUCCCAUAGGCUGUUUGGCAACCUUUUACGAAAAUGAAAGAGAACGUUGGAUUACCUUGGGUCUGAGUAGAGUAACGGGUCGCCAAACAAGUCACGUGAACUCCUUCCUGUCACGCGAUGUGAUUGAGAUAAAGAUGUAUACAUGUAACCGAUGUGAAAUGGCUAGAUAGUUAGCGGUGGUGCACGCUAAUAGCGUUUCAAUCGGUGACGUCACUUGCUCUGAGACCUUGAAGUAGUUGUUCCCCUUGCUCUGCAAGUUCCGCGGCUUUUACCAAGGUAAUCCAACGUUCUCUUUCAUUUUCGUAAAAAGGUUGCCAAACAGCCUAUGGAAGAGGCUGUACCAAAGAGGUCGUUCGGACAACAGAGUGGGGAAACUCACCAUUUAACUUAGUCCAGAUGAGUCCCUAACAGGGUAACAUAAUUUCAACUGUGGUAUACAACUAUGUACACACGGAAGCUGAAAGCUUGAACUUAAAACAUGAUUCUUCACCAAGAGUGGAAGGCCUCUGUAUAGAACAUCCAUUUCACUGACGGUGAUAAGUAUGUACAAGGUUCUCGGCAUGCUCACUUUUCUGUGUUGAGAGCGUGCCAUGCUCAGAACCCCAGACCCCACUGCUGGUGUGGACAUAACAUUAGGUCUGUAGUACCUCAUGAAAGUCAUGGGUGUUGACCAACUUGCAGCAACACAGAGUCCAGGGAGCUCCAUCUGAACAGUGCCCAUGAAUAGACCAUACCCCUGGUGGAGUGGGCUACUACGCCAUCUGGAGUUGGUCUAUAGCUCAAAUGCCAGACAGCUAGAUCCAGAUAGGUCCGGCCGGCCAGAUAGCUAAGCUGUCAUUGUAAAUAAGAAUUUGUUCUUAACUGACUUGCCUAGUUAAAUAAAAAAUCUAAGUCCGGCCAGAUAGCUAGGUCUGAUUUAGCUAUCUGGCUGACCGGGCUUGGCUUUCUGGACGGCCGAACCUUGCUAUCUGGCCAGCAGGCUGGACAUACCUAUCUGGACCUUGCUAUAGGCAGAUUGCUAGGUCCGGCCAAAAGGCAAGCCAGUAAACAUCUUUGAUAUUAAGCAGCUCAAUCACAUGCGUGAAUAGGAAGGAGUUCCCACAGGUUAUUUGGCGACCCGUUACAAAAAACAAAGAGAACCAAUGCAUUAGGUAGCGUCCAUGCAUAAUAAUAUAACAUUACAGUUGAUACGCUGAAAUAAAUGCCUAUCUUCAAGUAGGAUGUACAAA